AUGGAUCUGGUGACUCGCGGCUUGAGGGAGCUGUUCUCUGUGCCCGCGCUGGAUGCACGGAUUGCGCCGCAGCCGGUCUCUCCAGUGGGCAAGGGCAAAGGCAAGAAGGUAGGCGGCGGCGGCAGCAGCAGCGGUGGUUCCGUUAGUCCCCUUGGUUCUGUUGGUGCGCCGCGGUGGGGAACACUCGAGUUUAAAGCGUACUUUGCUGCUUUUGCAGUCGUGGUGCCGCUGAUGUUGCGCGCUGCCGUGCGGGCGAGCAGCGAGGUCAACGUCGAGAACUUCCCGAAGUUCAGCCCUCUGCUGAGCCAAGGGUGGCUCUUUGGACGGAAAGUGGACAACUCUGACGCACAGUACAGGUUCUUUAGGGACAACCUGUUGCUCCUGCUGUCGUUGAUGGGUGGGCACGUUCUUUUGAGGCGGAUUGUGCACAAGGUAGUCCCGCAGAUCUCGCGGCUGCGGUUCGACCUCUUCUUUGGUUUGUUCUUCCUGUGGGUAGCACACGGCGUCAAUGCAGUACGUAUCCUGUUGCACAUGUUUACGAUGUUCAUCGUCGUAAGGGUGUUGAAGCGGCACAGGCGAUACGCAACCGCUUUCAACUGGGUGUAUGGUAUUGGGACUUUGUUCAUCAACGACCACUUGCGCACGAUGCCUCUGAGCAGGCUUGCCUCCUGUCUGUCCUUCCUCGACGACGAUGUCCGGUUUAGAGGGAUCAUCCCGCGGUGGGACGUUUUCUUCAACUUCACACUGCUACGGAUUAUUAGUUACAACUUGGACUUCUUGGAAAGGUGGGAUACACAGUUCAAGACUUUGAAGAAGACAGAGGAUGGUGACACUGGGGAAGAUCUCGUCCUGGAAAGACCGCAUCACCGCAGACUUAACUCUUCGAGCGUGUCCCUGCAGACGAUACAGGAGGACGACAAGCAACCACCACAUGGCGACUCUUUACUCGUGAACGAACGUGCCAGACUCGAGGCGCCUCACCAUAUCAGCGAGUACAACUUGGCAAACCUCGUCGCUUAUGUGCUGUACACACCUCUGUUCAUCGCUGGGCCCAUCAUUACUUUCAACGACUACGUGUACCAGAGCAAGCACACGUUGCCCUCGAUCAGUAAGCGGCGCAUUGUGUCGUACGCUGUGCGGCUCGCCUUGACGAUCCUCACGAUGGAGUUCAUCCUGCACUUCACAUACGUCGUCGCCGUGUCCAAGACGAAGGCGUGGACGAACGACACGCCCUUCGAGAUCUCGAUGAUCGGUCUGUUUAACUUGAACGCGAUCUACUUGAAGUUGCUGAUCCCCUGGCGUCUGUUCCGUCUCUGGGCGCUUCUCGACGGUGUCGACGCCCCAGAGAACAUGAUCCGCAUGGUCGACAACAACUACAGCUCGCUAGCGUUCUGGCGGGCGUGGCACCGGUCCUUCAACAAGUGGGUCGUCCGGUACAUCUACAUCCCACUGGGCGGGUCCCGCAACAGAAUCCUCACCUCUCUGGCCGUGUUCUCCUUCGUAGCUGUGUGGCACGACAUCCAAUUGAAAUUGCUCUUCUGGGGGUGGAUCAUCGUGCUGUUCCUGAUCCCGGAGAUGCUCGCCACGGAGUUUUGCCAGCAGUUUAGGGCCAAGUCCUGGUACAGACACCUGUGCGCGCUGGGCGCAGUCGCCAACAUCUGGACGAUGAUGAUUGCAAACCUGUUCGGUUUCUGUCUGGGCGUCGACGGCACGCGCACUCUGCUCUGGGACAUGUUCUCCACGGUGCGCGGCCUUUGCUUCUUCGGCAUCGCCAGCGGCUGCCUCUUUGUCGCCGUGCAGAUCAUGUUUGAGCUGCGUGAGGAGGAGAAGAGACAGGGCAUCUACUUGAAGUGUUAA